AUGGCGGCAGUUUUAAAAAAAAGAGCACUAGCUGAGUAUAGUACUCAAGUGUUGGAGCAACAACCACCAGUAAAAAAAUUGAAAUGUCUAGUGAAAUUGUCAGCUCUAACAACUGGUGCUACCCUAUCAUUAAUAAACACAAUUAGUGGUCGUAAAACACCAAAUGAGAUAGUGCAAAUUUUGCUGCAAAUAUUAGAACAACUUCAAUUUCAGGAUUCAGAUAUCUCUAACAUCUUAACUAAACUCAGUGAACAUUUCAAACUUCAAUCAGAUUCUACGGUCAAGAUUUUAAUAUUUUCUGUUUUAUCAGCUAUUGGGUCUUCUGACGAAACUAGUGAAGAUAACGUGUACAAAAUUGUUGAAGAAAUAUUUAUUUUAAUGAAAGAAGUUAAAUCACAGAAGAUCAAAACUAGUGGUCUCAAAACACUAUUGGCACUUGGAAAACGUAUGAACCAUGAUAUGGCUCUUCAUUUGAAACUCACUAAUUAUGCUAAAAAAACAUUGGGAGAUUAUAGACCAAACAUAACAUGUGAGAGUUUAGAGGUGAUAGGCGAAUUGAUGCCAGUGAAAAUUCCACAAGAUUCUUUGGAAAUUCAUUCUGAAAUGCUUAAAUUAAUUGGAAGUUAUACACAACAUUACAAUGCAAAAACAAGGAGUAAUGCUUUUAAUACAAUGGUUCGAUUACAUGACCGAGGUAUAAGGUUAAACCCUGCUGUGUAUCUAGAUGUAUGUUCAGUUAUAAAUGAUGAUAAUGAAAUGGUGAGAGAAGCCGCUUUAAAUGUCAUUUCAGUUUUAGGAAAUUAUUAUCCUGAAGAAAGAAUCAAAGGUAGUAAUGGUGAAGAAAUGGCUCGAAUGUCUGAUGAAGCAUUUGAAAAUAUAUGUAAUUUUAUGACUGAUAUAAGUUACCGUAUUCGUACUCAAGCUGCAAAGCUUCUUGGAUCUUUUCUGUCUGUCAGUACAAAUGUUUUGUUGAAAACAUUGGAUCAAACAUUAAUGUCUAAUUUGCGCAGAAAACGAACUUCUAUUGAACGUGUUUGGGAAUGUUUAGCAAAGGGUACAGCUAUGAUGAGUGCAUUAAGCACUAAAGAUACUCCUCAAGAGAUGCUGGAUGCACAGCAAGUUAGUUUAGUUAGCACAGGUGCUAGUGGCGCUUAUCUUCAUGGCUUGGAAGAUGAAUUUCUUGAGGUACGUAUAGCCACAAUAAGUUCCAUGUGUUCAUUGGCAACUAGACAUUCAGAAUUUGCAGUAAUUGCAAUGGAGUUUUUAGUAGAUAUGUUUAAUGACGAAAUUGAAGAAGUACGCUUAAUAGCUAUUGAAAGUCUUGUUAAACUUUCAUAUGCAUCUGGACUCCGUGAUGAUCAAGUGGAGAUUAUUUUAGCAGUGAUUGAAGACUCAUCGAGUGUUGUGCGUGAAGGCUUACAUAAUAUAUUUGCAUCGUUUGAACUAUUAAAUCAAGAAGGAUUAAUGAUGUGCACUAACAGAUUAAUUGAAAGUUUAAAAAAAUAUCCAGAGGAUAAAAAAUCUAUAUGGAAUUGUAUGAAAAAUUUGGGUCUUAGACAUCCAACAUUAACAUUGGCAUUAGUACCUGAAUUAUUGGCCAUUCAUCCUAUGUUUGAAACACCUGAACCUAAUGUUGAAGAACCAUCGUAUGUUAGUGUAUUGAUUUUAGUAUUCAAUGCGGCAUCCAAGUGUAAUUCUAUUAUAUCUUUACUAGAGGAUAAAACCAUUAAACACUAUAGCUACUUAAGAGAUAUUAUGCCUCAUUUAGUUCCAUCUUUGCAACUAGGUGGACGUUUAUCAAUAAGCCAAGUUGAGUUAAGAUCAACCGAGUCAGACUCGCCUAAAUCUCUUGAACUUCUCGAAUCACUAAUCAAUCAAGUAUCUGUAGUCAAAGGUAGCACAAAAGUUAAAAUUAGUUUGCUGGAAACCUUCUAUCAUAAUCUUAUAAGACUGGCUCAACUUGAUCAGUCUGUCAAUGGUACAGCAGAGCUUAGUGCAUUAUAUAUGCAUAGUCAACUGUUAUUGAAUAAAGUGUUGAACAAUAAUAAUAAAACAUUUUAUUCGAAUGCUGUUUCUACUCAUCAAGCAAAUAAUGUGCGCACAAAUAUUUCACAGUUGUUACAGAAUACUUUAAAAAUGCAGUACUUAUUUGUUGGCUUGAGUGUUCAAGAAUUAGCUAGCAUAAAACAAUUCAAAUUAAAGGUUAUAGCACUCCUCCUUGUAUAUAUUGUAAAUGCUACAAACCAAUCAGCCAGAGCACUAAGUCAUUAUUUUUUAACUCAGUUAGAAGACACAAUUAAAUAUAUUAGUGAACAUGAUCUACAACUUGAGGCAUUCACUUCUGUGGUCUUUAAAGAAUUAUCUCAAUUAGAAGAAUCAAAACCAGGAAUUGUGGCUAAAUUACUUUUACCCAUAUUACAAAGCUCUGAACCUACUCCACCACCAAAACCAAACACUAACAUCAAAAUGUGUAAGGUUGUUAUUAAUCGUCCACAGGGUGGACCAGAUACUACCCAUAAGUUAUCAGCAGGUUUAAUCCUUCCUAUCCCAUUAAAUGCAGAGUUAUAUAGUUUACAAACAGAUUCAUUAUCUUUAUUGCGUUUAAAAAUUAAAUAUCCUGAUCAACAAACGCAUUUAAUCAUGCCACCAAGAAAUCAUUUGCGUCUGGUAAAUCUGAGUAAUGAAUCAUAUUAUUUACUUGAUACAAAUGCAUUGAUAUCACACCGUUCUGAAUGGUCAGAAGCAUGUUUUGUUGAGCUGAGCUUAGCAUUUGAUCUGACCGAAACGGAAGGAGCUCUGGCACAUGUCUUACCUCCAACACAGCCAUGUAUUGUUGAUUUAUGCAAACCAGUCAAACUUAAAGUGCACCCUAAGCCUGUGAGACGUGGAAUGUGA